AUGUCGUAUGUGCGGCUGCGUAACUUCUCGCUCGUGCGCAGCACGUCGCGGUCGGUUACAGAGAGUUUGAUUUUGGCCAACUCGGGCGUCAAGCCGACCAUGUCGUCGCUGCUGUGGGCUGCCCACAUCAGUCCGUACGGCGCCAUCGACGCCAUCUGGGUAUCCCUGCCGCCGUCUCUAGCGAGGGUCGUGCUGCACUUUCAAGCAGAAUUGAUGCGCCGCUUGCAGCAACAUCCCGUCACCCUCGCGGCUAUGGCGGACCACGCGCUACCACAAUCGACCUACAUCAUGCCCAAAGCGUGGGCUGGCCACGACUUUCGAGGGGGGAAUCCCAUGUGCGAAACCGCGGACCCGACACCCUUGGUGCACGAUGCGUUUGGCUUUGACGACAUGUGUCAUCAUGGCAGCCGUUCGCGGUGA